AUGGAGGCUGGCAAGGGCAGCGGGGAUACAACGGCGCGGGGAGGGGUUUGUCCACCAAAGGCUCCCUUCGCCUCUUUUACCGGGCCAAGAAAUAACAGGGCAAGACGGCUGAAUGUCGGCGAUGGCGACACUUUCUCGCCCGUCUUUUCUGCCGGCGGCCCGGUAGGGAAAAACCGCUUAAGACGCAGCGGCCACACCUGGCGGGGCCGGGGGCGCCUCUCGCUCCCCCCGACGCGUCUUAGGAGGACGGAAUGGAAAACCGCCUCGCUUCCUUUCUCACCUCCACUCCCAUCGCGCCAAAAAAAAAAAGACGCCACCUUGGAAGAUCCCCUCCCCGGAGCCUUUCCGCACCUCUCGCCGCUCCGCCGACCCAGCCCAGUCCAGCCCAGCCCAGCCCUCCCGCCGGCAGUUGCGCGGGGGCUGCAAUGCAGAAAGCAAAAGGAAGCCUUCGCCGGCACUUACCUGCUGCCUCCCGGGGAAUCCGACCGCCCGGGGAGCUCCUUCUCCCACGGCCGCCUUCCACGUCCCUGCUCCAGUGCUUCGCUUAGCAGCAGCAACCGCCGCAUCCUAGAGCUCUGCCGGCCUGAAAUGAGAUGGGACUUCUGGUUUGAUGGACAGGAGACCCAGCGAGGAGACGAAGGAUCCUGGGUCUCAACUGAAAAAUCCAUUCCUGCACAACUCCAGUGGCGGCCUAGCUACUUCUCUUCUUCCACCUGCAUAUAAGGAUAUAACAAAGCAUUACCUAUCCUGAAGAACAAUACUACUUUUUACUUAAUGUUACUUAUGAAAUUCACCUGGUAGAAGAUUGAAUUCUUGCGGGAAGGGAUUCUUGUGGUCUCUUCCAGCUUGAGAUGCUUUGAAGGCUCUUUAAUCACUAUAAAAGCACCAAGGUCACUUUGCCAGUUGCAUUCCUCAGUAUAGCUGUAACAAAAAACAGAAGAAGCAAACAGAAUGAAGAGGGGGAAAAAAAUCAAAAAGGCAGGAUUGUGGGCUUCUCUUGGGGCCAGUUUGUGGAUUAAGCCACCUGGUUUGAAGUGGCUGCCAGUUUCUCUGCAAGAAAUUAAAAGGAUCCUCUUCUUAGCAAGAGAGGCUGGCAGCUUUUCUUCUGAUAGUCUGUCCCUGUUCCACAAGGUCAGGUCUUUUUGUGCUGAUGGCUGUGAAACAUUUAGGAGUUGAAGAUUGAUUAGAGGGCACCAGCGUGAACUAUAAAUCCCCGCACACCGGCUGGACAGGCCAUCAUUGCAAUUAAAUCAAUAGCUUCUUAUUCAACACUACCCAUUUGGGGUGAUUUUUGUGCUGGCUUUGCUAAUGCAGAUGAUAGCCUAGUUGGCACGGUUGGUCAUGUGAGUAAUCUCUGGGAAGUAGAGUUGUUCCAAACUGAAUAAGAGUCAGGCUGACAUCUCUGCAAAAAGCAAACAUGAGUUUUGGCUGCCUCAGUAGAAUUAUAAUUCCACCUUGCUCUGCAAUGGUCAGAAAGGAGCCUAUAAAUAUUACACUGUCAAGACAAUCGGGCCACUGAGGACAAUCAGAGAACUGGAAACAAAGGCCUGUGCCAGGAAUAGGCUAAUUUUAUUAGAGUUUCCACAUUGACAACAAAUUUUGAAAAUUGACAGCAAUGUAUAACAAUAAUAUAAAGCCUAAUGUUGGCUUAAUGCAGAGGUCUUCAAACUUGGCAGCUUUAAGACUUGGGGACUUCAACUCCCAGAAUUCUGGGAGUUGGAAGUCCACAAGUCUUAAAGCUGCCAAGUUUGAAGACCUCUGGCUUAAUGUCAUUUUAAAAUGCAGAGGGAGAAAAACCUAAUUCCAGAGAAGAGAAACAAAAAUUCUUGAUCCUUCACAAAGAAUGGCAUGUCCAAUCUACUAUGGCCCCUGCCUUGGUUCUCCAAAAGCUUACACAUAGGCAUCAAAAUGUCAAAAGAACUAGAAGAGAUCUUUUGAGUUCACCUAAUCUAAUUCUUUUUUUCAGUAUAGAAUCCAUAAUGGCUUCUCUGGUAGACGACCAUCCUUUGUUGUUUGAAGUUUUCUAGUGAAAAGAACACAUGACAUCGUUGCACUGGAGGACAACUCGAAUGUGUCCAGCUUUUAGUUUUAAUCCAGUGGUUCUACACUUCGGGGCAAUAAAGAAUUAAAUAUAUUCAUUCUUCUGUGUUGAAGUCUUAAAAACCACAACCAUAUCUCCUAUCUGUCUAUGGGGAUUCUCAAUCACCCAGGUCGUGGUUGUCCCAAAGGUGCUUUUUCAAGAGGCAACUGGACUUUCUGGUUUUUUCUCUGAAGACAUUUCGCGUCUCAUCCAAGAAGCUUCUUCAGCUCUGACUAAAUCCUUCCGUUCCCCACCAUCCAGUCAGAGCUUCUUGGAUGAGAAGUGAAACGUCUUCAAAAGAAAACCAGAAAGUCCAGUUGCCUCUUGAAAAAGCAUCUUUGGGACAUAUCUCCUAUCGGUUCUCCCUUCAGUAGGUUAAACAUACCCUGACUCUUUAGGUGGUCCUCCUGAGGCUUGGUCACCAGACUCUCUCCCAUCUUAGCGGCUCUUCUUUGAAUUUGCUAUAAUUUGUCAGUGUACAUUUUUAACACUGGUUGUCAGAAAUGGAUAUAUUUCUAAUUGAUUCUGACAAGGGCAGAGUAAAGUAGAAUAAUUAGCAAUUCCUAUGAUCUGGAGUCUAAUGCUUUUGUUAGUGCACUCCAAUAAUGUAUGUGUAUGUGUGAAUAUAUAUCUACUCUGCUUUUUUGUUGUUAGCUGUGAAGUCAUGUCCGACCCAUCGCGACCCCAUGGACAAUCUUCCUCCAGGCCUUCCUGUCCUCUUCCAUCCUCUGGAGUCCAUUUAAGAUCAUGCCUACUGCUUCAGUGACUCCAUCCAGCCACCUCAUUCUCUGUCGUCCCCUUCUUCUUUUGCCCUCAAUCUUCCCCAGCAUUAGGCUCUUCUCCAGUGAGUCCUUCCUUCUCAUUAGGUAGCCAAAGUAUUUGAGUUUCAUCUUCAGGAUGAAACACUGCUUUUAGAUCUUACAAAUUCACACUGUCCUGUUUAAUUUCUCUCAAUUUCCCUUUUUUGUGUGGAUUGUUUGUAACUGUGCCUUCAGUAUCUCCUUUCAUAGGAUUUUCCAUCCUUCAGGAAUGUUUUUCUGCUUCAGGAUUUGAAGCUAAUGGAGCCAAGUCCAGUCUACCGUCUGUUGGAAUUCUUCUCAAUUGCUCCUCCUCUGGAUAUCACACUUCUGAGGAUAACAUUGGGUGGGUUUUUAUUGAUACUUUCUUUUUUGGGUUUGAUGAUUUCUUGAACACCACCCAGAAGGCAUGCUCUCUGAGUUGGGCAGCCAAAUAAAGGCUCUAAAUUAAUAUAAAUAAAUAGCCACCAUCACUUUUCCCCAAGGUGCCAGUCACCCUCAUUUCUUCAAUCAAUUCCUGUUGAUGAUUAGAUCCAGGCUAGCAGAACCCCUUGUCCUUUCUUCCACCUUCCUACAAAUGAAGUUGUCAGUAAGAACAGGCAAGAUUUAUUUGUACUCUGUCUCAAGAUUUCUAGCUGAUAUCAAGGUAAUUGAAAUUCUCCAUUAUCACUAUUGUGUGUCUCUCUUAAGUUUUGGUCAUGUGAUUCAAGAAAACCUCAUCAGUAUCUUUUGCCCACCUGGGUAAUCUGUAAUAAACUCCCACAAUGGUA